AAGAUUUUUUUUUAAUAAUGGAGAGGUAUAGGAGGAUUUUUAUGGUUGACGUUGGCGGAUAUGGCAACGAGGAGCUCUAACCACGGUGGAUGUAACAGCUAACUCUACUCCGUGAGCCACCACUCCUCCGCAAGUGGCAUCGUUAUCCUUUCCGCCGCCUCUGUUGGUGGCGUCAGCCCUAGUUCUCCAUGGGUCACUAAGUUCCGGGUGGUGACGCCAUCACAUCAUACCGGAAGCCCAACGCCCCCGGCUCCAGUCUCAUCGGCCAGAUCAAUCUCCACGUCACCGAGCCGCGUCAAGUCCCCUGAAUUAACGGUCAGAAUCUUCCCUGCUGCCGGUUGCAGGUGUUCUCCGGGAAACACUGCCCUCUCUCUCUCUUCCUCCUCCCUUGCCCAUCGAUUCUUCUUCCCUCAAUUUUUUCAGGUUUAAUUCUCGAUUUUCGUAUAUUUUUCGGUGGAAUUUUUUGCCCACGGGAGGCGAUGAAGGCAGGAGCGCUGGUGCCGGCGGCGGAGGAGAGGGAGGUGGGGAAGAAGGAGCAGAAGGGGGAGGAAAUCAAGUCGGCGAAUGGAAAGGAUGAAGGUUACGAGGUCGGUGAGGACGAAGUGGAGGACGAGGACGAGCUGGAGGAGAUUGAAGAUCUGGAUGACGUCGAUGAUGACGGAAACGUCGAAGGAGAGGAAGAUGACGACGAGGACGAUGAGGACGAUGUGGGUGACGACGACGACGACGACGACGACGACGAUGACGAUGUAGAGGAGGUCACGCCUCAGGGAUUUCGCCCCCCAGCGCAUGUAGUGGAAGACGACGAUGCUGAGGACGAGGACGAGGACGAAGGUGGCGAAGGCGGUGAUGGGGACGACGACGACAACGACGACGAUGAUGACGACGAGGAACCAGAGGAGGGGCUCGGAACUGAACAUCUUGUGCAGGCAGCUGAUGAAGAAGAUGAGGACAAGGCUUUUGUUGAAGAUGAUUAUGCAGACGUUGGAGGCUUUGACUCUGUAAACGAUGGCCCAUCCUCGAAGAGGAAACACUCUGAUAGGGAUGAUUCAGAUGAUGAAGAUGACGACGAUGAUGAUGAUGAGAAGCCGCCAAAGCGAUAAUGCAUUGUUGAUCCUAUCUCUUCCAACUGACUUCUAUAUGAGUUGAUUUGGUAAGCUUCAUUGUUUGGAAAUGUGGAUUUGUACAAGCUAGGGACUUUUAAGAAAUGGUGAUUGGCAUAUGAAACUUGUUUUUAUGUCUUUCUUGAGGCUUGGAAUUUUCAUUUAGUUCAAUGUUGACUGGCUUUGUUUGUAUUCGUAUGCUCCCCUAUAUUUUCCAA